GCCCCCGGAAAUCAGAAGCGGUUUUUUGCUGCCGCUGUGGCUGAACUGGAUUGACUGGCGAGCGGCCUGGGCUGGGGGAGGGUGGCCAGCAUGGCGGAGGGCUCACGGGGGGCUCAGGAGAAGGUCCUGCAGUAUGAGACCUUCGUUAGCGACGUGCUGCAGCGAGACUUGAGGCAGGUGCUGGCGCAACGAGAAGAGGUGUACAGAAAGCUGGCGGGUUACUUGCAGCUGAAGAACAUCCUGGAACGGAUCCAGGCAUCGGGAGGUCAAAACCUGCGCACCCAGGUGGAUUUAGGAUGUAACUUCUACGUGAAUGCGGAAGUGCCAGACCCUUCCCGGAUAUUUGUGACGCUCGGCUAUGGCUUUUUCCUGGAACUCACAUUGAAGGAAGCCUUGAAGUUCAUUGACCGGAAAAGCCACUUCCUUAUUUUGCUCAGUGACAGACUCACCCGAGAUUCGGUUAGGAUCAAGGCCCACAUCCGACUGGUGCUGGAGGGCCUUCGGGAGCUGCAGGGGUUCCUAGAGCCCGAGGAUUCAGGACACUGAUUAAGAUGCUGAGAAUCUCCUUGCCCUAAUAAGACUGCUACUGAGGCACCAAAUCUGUUACUUGAAAUGAGAGAUCCCUUUAAUAAAAGCUGGGAAUGAG